AUGACUUCGGAUACAGAUAACAGCAACCAUGAGCUUGCGUACCUCGGCCCGGGUUUCGAUCUUAAUUCUCUGACGGUUCCCCGUAUCCGCUCAAUUCUAGUUAACCAUGACGUUUCCUAUCCGGCAUCUGCAAAAAAAUCCCAGCUCAUUGAGAUUUUGGAAAAUGAGGUGCUCCCACAAGCUAAAAGGCUAUUACGCGAGCGUGACCGAGUGAGGAGGACCAGUAAGGGUAUUACAAACAUGCCUGACAAUCAAACAUCACUACAGGAUGAGGAUCAAGAUCAAGUGAGAGAAUCGAUGCCUCCACCAUCUACACCGUCUAUGUCACGGAGGGGCAGGUCGAGACCCAGCACGAGAGCGUCUACGGCUGAGACGGAUGACGGUGCUCUUCCCCAACAACCGCCACCCUCAUCUUCCAGAAAACGGACGACGGCCAAGCAUCCUCGAGCAUCCGACACAGAAACGGGAGAAGACAUUGGAUCCCUCAGAGAAACGCCUCGCAGAACAACGGCUCGGAAAACACGAAAGAGUGAGGCAUUCCCAACCCCUCGCGCGUCUGCUGCAUCUGAGGCGUUGCAUUCAUCGCCCAGACCCAAGUCCCGAGACAAUGCUAUUUUCACCGAUGAUAAUCCGUUCCAGAGUGGAAGCUCGCCGGUGGACCCCGGUUUUUCCCGAACGAGGACUGCAAGCAGGGAACCAAAACGGAGAAGUGGGAGCAGAUAUUCUUCGGAACGAGCAACUGCAGAUGGCCAUGGCCGGAGACUUAAAAAACAGGAGAAAAUAAAAGUUAAGCAAGAAGAGGACAUCGAAGUUCCAACCAGGUCAACUUUUGAAGUCCCUGGUGCCCGGUUGAUGACUCCCAAAGCCGAGGAAUCGGAAGAUGAUGACCCUCUCGAGCCUGGAGAAGAUUUUACUUCAGAAGAAUGGAAAUCCCUGGCGAAGGAGCAGGCGGCUAAAGAGCACCCAGGCACAGGUUCAGGCUCCAUUGUCCGCAGGCGACAAGCGCAGAAACAGAGAACGUUCAGCAGGGUCGCUCCUUGGGCUGUGAUCUCCACGCUGUUGGGUGGAUUUGGCGCUUGGUGGCGUCAAGAAAAGAUUGAGAUUGGCUACUGUGGAGUAGGGAAACUACAUUGGUCCUUGGCUGACACUAAGGUGCCCGAGUGGGCGGAGGUUCUCGAACCAAAGUGUGAACCCUGUCCUCAGCACGCAUUUUGCUACCCCGAUUUCGAGGUUAGAUGCGAGCAUGAUUUUGUCCUAAAACCACAUCCCCUAUCCCUCAGAGGAUUGGUCCCCCUCCCACCUACUUGUGAGCCUGACGGAGAAAAGGUACGCCGUGUAAAAUCGGUUGCUGAUAGAGCUAUUGAGUUAUUGAGGGAACGAAGAGCACGCUGGGAAUGCGGUGAAACGGGUAAAGCGGACGGAACUGAAGUUCCUUCUCCGGGAAUGACCGCUUCCGAGCUUAAGGAGGAACUUACCAAACAGAAACGGAAGGGAAUGAGUGACGAGGAGUUUGAGGAGCUUUGGAGAAGGGCUAAUGGUGAAAUAUUCAAUCGUGAAGAGAUCGUUACUUCUACCCAAGGUCCAUCCGACACCGUUAUCUACGCCUCAACAUCCCUAUCCCACCUAUCUCUCAGCUGCGCCUUCCGACGACAUUUACGACUCUCUCUCUUCGCGUAUCGAUUCCCUAUUUUCUUUCUAGUUCUCCUGAUCGCUGUAGCGACAUAUGCCCGCUCGAUGGUCCUUGCCCGUCGCUCCGACGCUGCCCGCAUCCCUUCACUGGUGAAUAUGACCCUAGACCGCCUUGCCACGCAAGCAGCCUUGCAUGCUCGCGGCGAAGCGCUGGAAUCGUGGAUUUCCGUUGGCCAGUUGCGUGAUGAUGUUCUGCGGGAUGAGCUGAAGGGGAGUCACCGGGAGAGGUUGUGGAAGCGCGUUCGGAGCUUCGUGGAGGGGAAUGCUAACGUUCGUGCGUCGGUGAGAGAGGGGCGGACGGGGGAUGUGUCCAGAGUUUGGGAGUGGGUUGGAGGGAUUGGGGGUGUUGGUGGGGAGUUGGGAGACAGUGCGGUUAAUAAAGGGAGGGAGAGCAAUGGCGGUGCCAAAGUGCGGUUUUCUUUAUCCGCAGCGGAAACGAGUGGAGGCAGUCCUGCAGCUGGUAUUAGGGAGAUGAGGAAGUGGGACGAAGGGAGGCCUAUUUAUUGA